GCGGCGCGGUGAGCGGGCGGCAAGCGGAAGCUUCAUCACAAAGACGGCGGCGGCGGCGGCGGCAGCAGCGACGGCGGGAUCGAGGACGCUGAGAACUGGACACGAGCACCGAGAUUCUGCUACCUGACCUGGCCACCUAGGAUCGUCUUGGUCUGGAACGCUGCCAGAAACGCCCAGAGACCACAUUCUCAUGAACAAUUCUGGGAACCGUCCGGAGCCAUCCCGAGGAGGCAGCCAGCAUGGCGAAAGGCCUCCCACUCUUGCUAGUUUUCUUUAGACAGAGAGUAGCAGGAAGAUGCAGCCCCCCGUCGCCGCUGGUUUAUAAAGUUUGCCUUAAUGAAUACAUCUUUGAACACUAUCCCCAUUCUCUUCAGGCAGCCUGCAGUCUGUGGCCUGUCCCAGAUAACCAGCAGCCUGUACCUUGGCAAUGGCUUGGCCGCUAAUAACAAGGUCAUACUGUCCAGCAACCAAAUCACCACCGUCAUUAACGUGUCCGUGGAGGUGGUGAAUACUUUCUACGCCGACAUUCAGUAUGUCCAAGUGCCUGUGGCCGAUACCCCGCUCUCCCGCCUGUACGACUUCUUCGACCCAAUCGCCGACAAGAUCCACACGGUGGAAAUGCAGCAGGGCCGUACGCUGUUGCACUGUGCGGCCGGAGUCAGCAGGUCAGCAGCCCUCUGCCUGGCCUACCUCAUGAAGUACCACUCGAUGUCCCUGCUGGACGCUCACACCUGGACCAAGUCCUGCCGACCCAUCAUUCGGCCCAAUAACGGCUUCUGGGAACAGCUCAUUCACUACGAAUUCAAACUCUAUGGCAAAAACACAGUUCGGAUGGUGAACUCUCCCUUUGGCGUGAUCCCGGAUGUUUAUGAGAAGGAGGUCAGAGUGAUGAUCCCGCUGUGAUGGUAAUUAGCUUUCUGCUAUUCAGGGUGAAGGGUGCAGAGCUGUCAUUCACUCUAGACCACGGUCUGAACUUGAAAAUAAACUCUUCAGCUCGAGUAUUAUACUUUGAUCGAUACAGAAAAGCAGAUGACAAUGUGAGGUCAAGGAGUGAGCUCUCCUGGGGCUUUAACCUUGAAUCAGCAUCUAUAAAGAAUAAAACUCAGUCACUACAAAAAUUAUCAAGAACUUAGUGAUCGAGAACCUCCCCGUCUGUGCCCAAUUCCCUGGGGCUAGUCAGGGAGGGUGGGUGAGCAGGGGAGGGUAGGCUCCACACAUUGGCUCGGCAGAGGAAGAAGCGGAUAGCUGGCCUCCGGGAGGUGAUCCGGAAAGGCUUAGGACCGGCUGGCGGGUUGGGAAAACCCAGGCCUGGUUAGUGACUGGAUCUGCUAUCCCCCCCGAGGGCCAGGUUAUGGCCUCCCUCCCCUUCCCUCCCUUUUGCCUCCCGGUCCAGUUCGUUUCUGGUUAGUCCAGUCUUGUGAGCUGACAGGACCCAACCCUUUGAAGGUUCCGAGGUUGACCAGUGACUGAAAGGGAACGUAUCUCUCUGCCCUGAGCUGAGCCAGCUGAUCUCUCUCCUUCCCUUAGAGACAGGAUUGCCUCAGGCAGCCAGAGAAUCAUGCACACACAGGGAUGCCCCAUUCCUUCCCGCCCUCCCAAAGUUCACCCAAGCCCUGCCUUGGCCAUCGUGAUGCUGGGUAGGGAGGUUGGCUGGGACUUGGGGGCUCUGGCUUUCUUCCCUUGGGAUGAACAGCUUGUAUCAGUGCCUAAUGAAGUCACAGGGAAACCAGUAAGCAGCACACUGUAGGUAGGGUGAGCCAGGCUGUCUAGCUUUCUCUCCCCUCCCCCCAGUGUAAUGCUUCAAGCGGGAUGAUGUCUGAUUAUGUCCUAAAUGGGUUAGGUUAGUAACAGGGUUCCCUGGAGCCCAUUUUUUUAAAUUGACUACAAAAAUCUUUUACAACAAAGGAUCCUUAAUAAAACUUGUAAAAUUUUUAAA